AUGUCAGGCAGAGAAGUUGAGGCAGCAGUUCUCGACAAUGGAGAGGAUAUCAGUCGUUGGACGGGACUAGCCGACCAUGGCAACGGAAUAAUGGUGAUCGUACUGGGUCUCUUUGCACUCUACCGCUACCUCAGGGCUUUCGUCUACCCUUGCCUCACUCUCUUCGAGUUGCACAAUGCUACAAAAAUCGUCGACAACGCUUACAGAACUGCAAGAAAUCCGUCAAUUCCUGAUGCUCCGGAAUGGUACGGAAUCGCGAAUGAUUAUCUGAGCCUGAAUAUCGAAGCGUCCCGCAUUCGCGAAAAGGGCCUCCAAUUAUCUCUGUGGAACACAUAUGUUGGCUUUCAUCCCAAGUUGAUGUUCGAUAUCGCCCGUUGUUAUACCAAAUAUGAGGAACUGAGGCGUAGGAUCCUCGUACGUUCUUGUUUACCUGUGCUAGAGCUUGAGCUUUUCUUCAAUAUGGCAUUCUUUUUCAGACCGCUCGCGAGAGGGACUUACAAAGUCACUUUGGGGCAGAACAAUACCGACGCCGACUCGCAUCAAGAACGUCGUCAGCGCAUAUCCAAAAUAUCACCCUUGCCUGCGCAUCUGGAAGCUCGUUUCGCACUGAAGACUGUUCUUCACGCCCUUGUGGCUCGUCCCUUUGAUAUCGAUAUCAAUCAAUUGCAUUUAGUCUUGUGAACCGUGUAAUACCCAGCUUUCCCUCGUUUAUGUUUUGGAAGAUUCUCAUGUUCAUGUUGUCUUCGCUGUGCUGUGUUCUUUGAAUAUCUAUCGGCUAGCAUCCAUCUGUUGUACCAACUACGUCGCCGUUAUCUUCUUUCCUGUUUGAAGAAUUCAUAAUCACCUCCGUCGAACACGACUUCCUGUCUUCCGAUAUCAUUCUUAACUCUUUCUUGAUUUCCUUUACUGUGACCGGGGCGAGGCAAGCAUGACUGUCGAACCUCGUUCCCCUCCGAACUCUGGCCGGGCUGCGGUCAAACAGAAUUUCGCAUCAUGUCAGGACGUACGAUGCGGUAUAUUACAAACGAUUGGGGCUUAUCUAUACUUUACCGGAAAAGCGCGUGAGGAGGCGGUCCCCAAUCUGUGUUCUC